AUGGAUAUAUUAUUGGAUUUACAUUUAAAUGUAUUAACUAAAAAUGAUACCAUUACAAAAUGGCCAUCUUUAUUAAUAUCUGUAGCAUCUCUUGAUAGCUGGACCAGAUAUCGUAUAGAAGGAUAUGGAGUGGUACCUAUAUCGUUAUCGCCAGGCACACAUGAAUUAUCUAUACCCACUUGGAGGCCAGCAGGGAAUAUUGUUGAUUCCCUUCGUCGAUUUUUUACAGGUGGUACUUACGAAUUGGAAGAUAUUACACAUUGUGGAAUUCCAUCAGUACAUGAGAGUGCGACGUUAGACAAAUCAAAUUUAAAUGUUGUAUCGAGUGGUUAUUUUAAGGCAGCUAGAGAACGUAUGUUACAAAUUAGAAAUGCAGAUUUAUGA